CGCUGCUGGUGCUGGAGGGUUAGGGAUAGAAAAUAGGUCAGUGUUAGAAUGUUACAUAAGAACACUCGAUUUAGAACUUUACGUGUUUCAUCUUAAAGUCUAAAACAAUGAUGAGAAAUAGUGCCGUAGUUUCAAGGGUUAUUCCAAACUUUAUCAAAAGCCAACCAAUUAGAUGGACGUCAGUGGCCAGAAGUGCCAACAAAGAUGAGGUGAAACCUUUUGAAGAGAUCCCAGGCCCAAAAGGAAUUUACAAUAUACCCUUCGUCGGAUCAGUCCUUCAUUUCAAGCCUUUCGGUAAAUUUACCCCUCAGACUACUCACAAGCUUAUUGACAGUUUGCACGAGAAGUAUGGGCCUGUGGUUCGAGUCCAGCUUGGAAGGAAAUGUGUCCUGUUGGAGGAUAUAAAAGACAUUGAGGCGGUCUUCAGAAAUGAGGGCAAAUAUCCAAAUAGACCUGGAAUUGAAAUUACCAAAAUUGUAUAUGAGAAUAAUGGACUCAAAUUCGGACUUGGCGACAUACAAGGAGAGCAGUGGCAUGCCCUGAGAACUCCAGUCAACAAAAGACUAAUGAAAGCUGACUCGGCCCAUCAUUACCUGGUCCCACAGAACGCCGUAGCUGAUGAUUUUGUCAACAUUUUGGCCACACAAAAGUUAACACCGGAGGAAAUGAAAGAUCUUUUCUUUCGAUUUGCUUCUGAGAGUAUAGCAGUGGUGACAUUUAAUACCAGACUGGGGUUCCUGGAUCAGUCGUCAGAUAAGGAGUCAUCAGAGUUUCUUGCAGCCACUAAAACGGCUUUCACAAUACUCUCUGAUGCCAUCGGUGGUAAAUUAUUUACUCUCAAAUGGUACAAAAGCAAGGCCUAUAAGGAUAUGGAGAAAAGUGUGUGGGCCAUUCGAAACAAUUCGAAAAAACAUGCUUUAGAAGCACGAGAAGUAAUCGAGCAACAGAAGAAAGAUGGGACGUUAAACCCGGAUGAACCAAACCUACUUCUCUCCCUUGUAUCAGAAAAAGGUCUAGACGACGAUGACGUCAGUAACAUAUUAGACUCACUAUAUGGGGCUGGAACCGAUUCUACAGCAAAGAAUCUUCAAGUUUUGUUCUACAACUUGGCUAAAAACCCAGACAAACAGGAAAUUCUUAGAAAAGAAAUUUUGGAUGUUCUUGGAGAUUCAGGUGUAGUGGAUGCUAAAGCCCUUUCAAAAAUGCCUUACCUGAAGCACUGUCUAAAGGAAUCUUUCAGACUAAACUACCCAACCGUAGCAGGUACUAUGAGAAUAUUGCCGAAAGAUAUCGUUGCUAGUGGCUACAACAUACCAGCUGGGACUACAAUAUUUUUGUGCAACCAAAGAGCCGCCAAAAAAUACUUUGAAGACCCAGACAAGUUUAUCCCAGAGAGAUGGAUGCGAGCAGACGAUGGUCGUAAACAGGACAACACAAACAGCAUGGCGGUUUUACCGUUUGGUCACGGGCCGCGGAACUGCAUUGGCAGACGUUUUGCUGUUCAGGAAAUUUAUCUGGCUGCUUCUAAAGUUCUCCAGAAGCUGAAGGUAGAAUUAGAACCCGAGUCCUGGAAUACAGAUUUUAUCUACACGACAUUCAUUGACACGGAGAAACCAAUCAGAUUUAAGUUUACAAAGAUUCAGUAGAUCAAUUUUGAAUCAUUUUAGAGUAAUAUUUCCUAAAACUUUGAAAUUUUAAAAAAAAAUUUGAAAUAACGUUGAAAAAAAUAAUAUAUCUAACAUCAUUUUUAAUUGUAUACAGUAUUUCUAUGCCUUAAAAAUAUUUAAAAAUAAUAAGAUUUUUAAAUCUAUUAAUUAACCACUGUGUUAAUGUUAAUAAAAACAUGACAAUGUAUCUCUGAAGAGUUUGGAUAUUCAAAGGCACAUCUCUCAUUAUGUUAUAUAUGGCUAAAAAUUUGUUUUUAUUUGUAAAUAAGUACUUUAAUAAUCAAUAUUAAUACUAAUAGUUUCGCUGUCUGUCUAUGUAUCUAUCUGACAAGAACGCUCUAGAGAAAACACAAGGAAAAUAAAAACAUGCAUAGUAAUUCGAAAAACGAAGUAUGACGUCGACACAUUUAGCACAGAGUAGAAAAUAAUCUCAAGCCGGAUAGUGCACACAUUAAUAUGACGUCAUUGAUUAUCGAGUAAACAUUCAAUACAAAGGCAAGUUGGUCUAAUCUAAGUGGUUUGCGUGAAGAGUUUCUUUCAUACAAUUCUUCGGG